GAAGAGGGAGAGAUGGGGUUUUGGAAAGAAAACAGAACGACGUGCACGGGGAACACGAGAAAACGGGGACGUGGAAAGUACGAGGAGAAAAAAUUCAUGACGCGACGCGAGAUUCCGAGGGAACAAAGGGAGUCGCAGCCUAGGAGGUAGCUUGGCAGCCGAGAGGAAUCAUGGUGGAGGAUUCUCGUUGGAUCACGGCGCGCGCGAGACCACAGCCAGGGGUGCAGGAGGGAAACGACGGUGACGCGCGAAAAAAGGACAGGAGGAGCGAAAGAGGUGAAAAAGACGGGGAGACACACGGUUGGGGAAAGAUUCGCGAGAAGGAGACGAGAGACAUUGGGGGAGAAAAAGAGGCUGGGCACGCGAGAAAGGGAUAGGCGAAAAGUGCGAUAUAGAGUGAAAGCCGCGGAUCGCAGUGCGCUUGUGCAAGAAGCUGCCGCUGCCCGGGAAGAGACCUCCCGGCCAGCCUCAGUCUCCGGGAUGCUGGGGGCGGCGAUCGUGAUUCUACCCCCAUUUCAUCGUGCUCCGAUAACAUAGUCCAUCUCGCUCGGCUGCUGUCCGUCCGUCCAUCUCUCGCUCUGCUCCCGUUCCUCUCGGAUUAACCCUCGACGCUUGUGUUUACGCCCGCCAUCGUAAGGUAGACUCCCUUUCGGUGUCUAUCUCCCUCUCUCUUUCUCCUACUCCUCUUCCUCUUCCUCUUCCUCUUCCUCUUCCUCUGCAUCUAUCUUUAUCUUUCGCUCUUCCAUUCUCACUUUCUUCUGCCUCCACGAUUCUACGUUCGGUACGCGACUUACAAAUCCUCUCUCUCUCUCUCUCUCUUUCUCUACCCCCAUUCUCCGUGUCUGCGCCUAGCCCUCGUCCCCUCUCCUCUCCGAUCAGCAUCACAACUUCCUCUUUCUCUCGCCGACCUUCCAUCCUCCAUCCCUUCUCCGUCUCUCCGCUUCACACCCUUUUCCGCCGAACCCUGGGUGCAGUCACCGCGAGAACCUUCAGCCAACCACCUCUCCAGCAGGUGAGCCUUCUUGGCCGUGCACUCGGUGACUGGAUAGUUGGUUGAUUCGUUCGUUGGGUCCGUCAUCGUUGGUUCGUUCGUCGUUACGUCGGCGUUCGCCGAGGUGUGUGCAUUGCACUCGCGUUGGUAAUCGUGGCCGCGCGUUGCUCAUCGCCCGUCGCUCGUCGCUCGUCGCCUGUCGCCUGUCGCCUGUCGCCUGUCGCCACAUCGGCCGUCGCCUGUCGUCGUGCUCGUCAUCAGUCAUCGGAGCGAGAGUGCUCUCCAUCCUCCCAGCUUCAGGUCGAUAAAUCUCCUCGUGGUAAAAAAGGCGUUCUUUCGUUGAGAUAUCUUUCGCUGAGAAAAGAGAGCCAGAGAACCCUCGAGAAAGUCCUACUACUACUACGCUCUCGUAUAUAUAUAUAUAUAUAUAUAUAUAUAUACAUAUAUACCUUGUUAAAGCUCGUACACUAUCAUUCAUCUGAUCGUCCUUCGAGGGGCGAGGUGAGGCGCGGGAGGUGGGCACGCUCCAAGAGCGAUCUUUGCCAGCGAAAAGUCCAAGCGACUCGGCGCGCAGGCGCGUGAUCCGCGGAAUCGAAUAAACAGACAGCAACAAUUUGGGGAGAGAGAGAGUUUUUGACUCGCGCCUGCUGCCCUCGUUUUCGGAAUGGUGUCUCGAAAUCCUCCAUCCCUAGAGUCGACUCCCUGGCGCGUCGCGCCCCCAUCCGCUUCCGUUCGCGCUCCGUUCGAUUCGAUUUCUCUUUUUCUUCACCAGCGUUCAGCCAGUAGUCAGUAGAGUGUUGGGUCGACGUUAGGCGUUUCGAGUUCGGUGUUCUGAGGGAAAGAUUUUUCAGUUGAAAUAUUCAGGUGCUCGAUAACUCGAGACUCGUGCUCGCAUUGGCGUUCGCCAAAAUGGCGGCUGUGUGGUAGUCGAGAGCACAUUCCGCGUUCAGGAGUGAGCGAGUUCUUUUGGAUCUCGGGAUAGGAGAAAGACCCCCGUCUGGCGCUUAUAAUAUUCCCGUGGUGAGAGAGAUCCAGCCCGAUUGCUUUUGCCGAUCCCGUUAGGAUCCAUUGUGAAGGGAGAAGAAAUCCGCGAUGGUGGGUGGUGGUGAUUGCAAGGUCGCCACUGUGGAGGUGGAGGCAGCCGCUGCAGACAACACGGCGACGCUCCCGGUGACCAGACCUCUGAAUCCGCAAAACUCGUCGCCAAACGCGCAGGACAACGCCGAGAAGAACAACGCGGCGAACAAAGAGAUGGAGCUGAAGAACGUGCGCUCGACCCCAGCGAAAAAGACGUCGCUGUUCAUCAUCAUGAGUUUCAUCUACGCGAAACUGCUGGUGGUGGUGUGCAUCGCUUACGUGAUUAGCGAGGUGGUCACGCACAAGCUGCCUCUCUACUACUACGAGGGAUUCUUUACGUAUCUGUACGGUGUCAGCAUCCUGUUCCUGUUGUACGUGUUCUGCUUCCUGCUGCAAGAAAGCGCCUGCUGCGCGAGGGGCAGCGACACGCCGCCGCCGCCCCCGAGGCCGCCGAAACCACCCAAGGAGCCCAAGGAGAAGAACAAGAAGAAGGAGAAGAAGGACAAGGAGCAGAAAACGUCGAAGAACAAGAAAGAGUACCAGGUCGGGUACCACUUUGUCGCGGAUGCGGCCGACGUAGAGGCUGGCGUGGCCACUCGGGCUCUACGAAAGCGCAAGACCUCGCAAAACGAUCAGAGUCACGGAAGCUUCUUCCUCAGAAUCGGAGCGAUUGCUUUCGGCUUGGGCACGAUGGUCUACAAUGGUUUAGAAUUUGGCACCUUCUUCGAGGUGCCGCCUACGUCACCGUGCUACCAGAUCCUCCAGGGCGUGAAUCCAGUUCUGCAAAUGAUUUUCACGUUCAUGCAAAUGUACUUCAUCUUCAUGAACUCGAGGCUCAACAUCCACCGUUUCAAAGUGAUCGCCCGUUUUGGUUUGAUGCACGUGGUCGCUACCAACCUCUGCGUCUGGAUUCGUACCCUGGUGUUGGAAAGCAUCAAGGAGAUCACGAAGCAUCAUCAGAAAAUGGGUCAAUUCGAAGCGGGCAUUCUUGAGAGUAUCAAACAGCACUCGAUGAGAAACGCGGGAGCCAUAUUGGGGACAGCGCCUCGAGACGUAGCUCUUUUGCGAGAGGCGCCAUUAACCGCCACGAGGUCAUCGACCGUUUCAACGUCGGUGGCAAGCACGAUAGCCGCCUCGUUGGGUCGAGUGAUGAGAACGACGGCAAGGGCGAUCGCGAGGGCUGUCACGACCCCAACGUCGACCACCACCACCGGCUGGAACCCUCCGACCUCAACGACUACUUCCACGUCAGCUCCCCAGCCCAGUUUGACUACGACCACUGCCAACACUUUGUCCACUCUCCUGACUACGCUCACGUCGAAAGCCACCACCGAGGAAAGGACCAGUCCGACUACACCCAGUACAACCACCACCACCGCCACCACCACCACCACCACCACUACCACCACUACGACACCUUCCACCACCUUCUCAUCUUUCUUCAUAGAACUCUUUGACGCGCCUCAGGCCGACAACAAGGAGGAGAUACACCAAAUCUUCGACGUGAACAACCAGACGAACAGCAGCGAAUACUGGAGCCCGAACUUCGGAGCGUACGCGGAGGCGUUAACAGACGAGGAGAUUGCAUCCAAUUCCUGCGGCCGAGUCAACAUCAUGGGGACUAUCGUGCAGGACGCAGAACCGUAUCUGUUCCCGUUCAUCAUCGAGUACAGCUUGAUCGGCGCCGCGGUGAUUUACGUCAUGUGGAAACACAUUGGACGACAUCCACGUUGGCCGCACCAAGUAGAAGCAGACCUUGAGCGCCGCCUCGAGGCUAUGCUGUCUCGAAGAGCUGUCGCUUUGGCUCAUGCAGGUCACACAAGGGUGGACUGUGUAGGAGCGAGCAAAGGACUGUUCUUCGGCCUGUUGCUGCUGGUUGGCUCCCUCAUCUGCCUGAUCCUCUUCUUCGUGCUGAUCCAUCAUCCAGACUUCGGCCUGGUGGCCAUUUACCUAGCGGACGUCUCCCAUUGCGUGUUGAUGGUACUGUCGAUCGUCGCCAUAAUCGUCGGGUUCAUACGGGUGCAGAGCUUGAAGUUCAAAGCCGAGGAGCAGAGCGACCUCAACGACAUUCUACUUCGCGUGUCCGGCUUCGGGUUGUUCGUCUACGCGGUGUUCAGCGUGAUCGCCGGCUCGUUGGCGGCGUUCACGCACGAGCCGAACCUCCUGGUGAUGCUGACCGGUCUGCUGUCGGUCGCGCAGGUGAUCCUUCAGAUGCUGUUCAUCGCGGACGUGUCCCGCAGAAGGGUUCACCUGCCGGAGCACGACCGUAGCAAGCCCGGCCGGCAGGUCGUCACCUUCCUGCUCAUCUGCAACCUGACCAUGUGGGUCAUCUACACGUUCGAGUCGCAGAAAGUGAUGGCGAACCCGGUGCAGCUUGAUUUCUACGGGUUCCUCGCCUGGGCCAUCGUGCAGAGGGUCACCCUGCCGCUCUGCAUCUUCCACAGGUUCCACAGCGCGGUCACGUUCGCGGAGAUAUGGAAGACCAGCUACAAGGCGCGUCUCGACUAGACGCAGCCUGGCGCUGGCACGUUGAUAACAAUGGCCCGGGGUGAUCUCGUCGUUCGCAGACAGAAUCGGGAAUGAUUUGAGGAAAUGAUGAACGACUCGGGCGAGGCCGAGGUUGCCUAUCGACGACUCGAACAUUCCUGGCAAUUUUCACGCGAAUUCGAGUCGAUCUCUCGAGCGUAAACGCUCGAGGACGAGGGGACGGAUUGUGUCAACAGGUAAGAAAGAGAGACAGACAGAGAGAGAGAGAGAGAGAGAGAGAGAGAGAGAGGCUUCGCGCGGCUGAUCGAAGCCGGACAAAUUGGACAUAUCUUGAUGGCGUUGGAUGGAUCGCCGGAGAACUCGAGGCAGCCUCCGGCCUUUUCUUUUUUUCAAAUCUCGGCAGAAACAGAAAGAUACGUUCCGUGAAAGUAAUAGGGGAAUAGGAGCGACAACGAAACACGUUGCUUUUACGAUCCUCGUCGUCGAGGAAAGAACUCGAGGGAACUCGAUCGACUCGAUUGGAAAAGUCGGGAGGGAGGGGGGAGGGAGGUCAAAGUGAAAGGCGCAGGUGUCGAUGCUGCGCCCUCGUGGCCGGUAGCUUCGCGAGGCAAACCGGGAGAAACCGCUGCGUUGGGUCGCGACGCGUCGUUUUAUUUUUUUACACGCGUUACGUACGUUUAUCCUCGGUUCUCUUAGCUUGAAAAAAAAAAAAAAAGAAAAAAGAAGAAGGAGGAAAGAAAGAAAAAAAAAAGACACGCAGCUUGGACGUUGCUUCCUUGAUCGGUAAAGUCAGAAACGAAAGAGCACGGAUCAGGGGGAAAGAGGCUGAUCGAUCGACGACCGCCGGAGAAAAUGAAAAUGAAAAACGAAAACGAAAACGUAAACGAAAAUUCCGAGUAGGAACGAAGGCAAACGAUUAAACCGAUUGUAUUCGCCAUAUAUAAAAGCACAAGAAACUUCUAGAGAACAAAAACCGAACGAACACAGUGUACGUGCAACGCCACUCUCACGAAAUAGAGCCCAUUUCCUUUUCACACCGUGUUUCACACCUUUUACGAUCUCUAUAUACUGCCGUCAAAUUUUCUACUUUUAUAUAUAUUAUAUAUGUACCCUCGCCCCAUCGUGCAUCGAGAGCAUUUCAGAGAGUUCGCUUCGCUCUUCGACAACUCGGGAUCGUUCCCAGGGAACGUCACCGCCGAUCGCAAGUCUCGAGGAAAUCCAGUUCAGAAACUGUUUCAAUAGAGAGUUAGACAUUGUUAGAAUCGCUGCGACCGGAGCGAACGAUCUUCUUAACGAGUCACCUCAUUAUCAGCGAUCGAGUACAUUCUUCGUUAGCGUGGCCCACGGUAGUUUUUAGCUGAAUAGCCGUGCGAUCUCUUCCUCGCGAGAAAAGAAGAAGAAACAGAAGGAAAAAAAAAAAAGAGGGAAAACGGGACUCGAUGCAGGAACAGGGUAAUUUCGUUGCGCCGCAUUCAAAAGCAAAGGUUAACACGACGCUUUUUCGUCUCGCGAUAUCUUUUUGUUCCCGCGAGCGCAAGGUCGAAGCUCGCCCGACCGACAGAAAGAGGAAGAAGCCAAAGAAAACCGGAAGGUAGAAGAAACGCGCCAAAAAUUCCGACGUUCUUUCUCGUUGCGUGCUGCAAAGUACAAAGAUUGUUUCGAACUUUUAGAAUCCUUUUAUCGACACACACCCUUUCGACGUUUAUGCUCCGGAGAAUCGUUCGAGAACGAUAUCGAUAUAGAUAUUGUUCGAGAACGAUAUCGAUAUCGAGCCGCGGACGAAUACAGAAACGUGUAGAAUGUAAAAGAAGAGGGGGGAGAAGGGACGACGACAGGCGGCAAGAAGGCAGGAAGAGGACUCGUGUAAAAAGAAUCAGAGCGAUUUGUUUCUCAUUUUCCUUCUUUCGUUCGAAAAUUUUCGAACGCUCGAGAACGUUCGCGCUACGGCGAAGAGGCGACACACAAUGACGAACCACGGAUGUAGAUUUUAUCGCGAGACUACGAGAUUAGGAGCAAAAGAAGGGACGGCAUCGCGGACGAUGUUUCAAGACGAGGAGGAGUCUAAGAGAGGAUUAUAUGAUGACGAAAUUAUAGCCGAUACACUAGUAGUGAAUCUUACACACACAGUCACACAUACACACAGUCACGCGUACCAUAAUCACCAUCGUCGAUUAACUUUUAAAUGAAGCUAUCUCGAGGCGAGAGAGAUAGAUGGAGAUAGGAUCGACAUUUCGCAUUUAAUUCGCUAUGGAUAUCGUACAUUGUAGAUCGUUGAGCAAGCAAACCCAGAAGAAAAAACACACGUGUUUAAACAUAGUCGUAAAUAAAAUACAUUGAAAAUCCCUCCACGGAUCCCGUGAAACUCAAAGAGGAAACAAUCCAACCCCCUCCCUAACACAGAAAGUCUCCCCAAAGUCGAAGUACGUACCUAGCUAUCCGAGUCUAAAUAUUUUAAUUCUUAGACAUAUGUAUAGGUGAAAGAGAUACAAAGAAAGAUAGAUAGAGAGAGAGAGAGAGAGAGAGAGAAAGAAAAAGAGAGAACGAGAAAGCGAGAGAGGGGUGUGGGAUGAGGGAAACGAGAGGGACGAAGUUGUGACACUAAUUAUACAUAAAGAUUAAUUAUACAUAAUUGUAAUCCGAGACGACAUUAUUGAAAAAGGUAAUACGAUAUAAAUAUAAAAAAAAAUUAAAAAAUAUAUUAUAUAUAUAUUAUAUAUAUAUAUAUAUAGAUAGAUAGAAUUAUUAUUAUUAUAUAUAUAUAUAUAUAUAUAAAUACAAUUAUGGAGAUCUUUUAUUGAACUUGAUGUGCGCGACUGCGAAAUGGAAUGCUGCGUGCGAAUUAUGUAAAUAACGAUGCACAGUAAGUUAUUGUUCGGUAGUCAGUGUGUCUGUAAAACGGAGAACAAUUAUGUUGCGAGUUCUGUUCUCGAGGCGUUCUCGAUAGAAAGGGGGUGCUGCGUCUGUUUCCCUUAAAUUGUGAUUCAAAAAAAACCUCAUCAAACCUCUCCUUGAAAGUCCGAAGGAAAGCAAAAGUUUGGUUUCGUUAGUCGUCGACCAAUCGUUUCACGACCAAUCGAUCGAUCCUCGUCAGAGCUAAGUGUUGUGUCAAUUGAGAGAAGGUGGUUCGCACCCCCUUGCCCUCGAUUCCCUCGUUUCAACCGUGAAUCCGUGAAGAACAAAGGCCCGCGUCCACUGAUUUCGAGAAUCAAAAAAAAAAACGAAAAAAAAAAAAGAAAAAGACAAACAAACAAAAAGGGAAACAAGCGUUUGGUCUUUCCUCCGCUCGAAUCCCGAAUCUUUUUCAUCGCCGCUCUGCGCGAGGAUUAGCCUGUAUCGGAGAUCGGAAGGAAGAAGGGGGGGAUGCGAGUCCAUAGGGACGACAACGCGUGGAACGAAUCAAACACAAAGCGACGUUCAAACAAAAAUCAUAGUUAACAAGGCACUGCCACACACAGGACCAACAAAAGUCGAGAAGGAAAGCGAUGAUAGGGAAGGAAAAGAGGAAGGCAGAGGAGGGGAAAUGGAAGUGAUGGGAACGAUGCACGCGCAAAUACAGAGGGAAUUCAAAGUAGAUCCAGCGAUUCAUUUCGAGCGAAAGACGAAGCCAAUACCUUCCCAGCGUUUAUCGAGAGUGCGUGUACGAGUGCGUGUGUAGAAUGCGUUUACGCGAGUGACUGAGCAACGGUGCGCGUGCAAGCAACACGUUUUUAUUCGGCAAACAACGUCUUUGUAUACUCUGCCCGUGUUCUAGAGAACAGGAGGAAUCAUGGUUCUUGUGUAUGUACAUCAGUAUCUCGAUAGUAGCCGUAAGCCUAAUUAAUGAGUCGCGGAUUUGCUUGGAAACCGGCGAAAAUCUCGUGGUGAACACGGGAAUCAUCCGUUCCGGGGCUACAGCGGGCUCUUGGAUCGGACACGAUGCGAAAUUUGAGAGAGGAAUAAUUAGAAUGACGAACGAGUUUGCGCGAUCACGCAAACGCGCGCUCUUGCGUAAUUGUUUCGAAUAAACGAUAAAAAAAAAAGAGAGAGAAAAAGCAGGAAAAGAAGAUAGCGAGAGCGCAAACACCAAUAGGCAAAUCCGCGACACGUCGUCAUUUAACAUUACGUAGUGAGUUUUCGAUGUCUUCGAGCAUAAUUACAGUUUGUACACGUACACAAUACGCGCGCACAACCGACAUACUCACCACUCUAUCAGAUAGAUACGAUAAUACGGAGGAGGUGGCAAACCGGAGAUUUUACGCAGACAGUGGGAUUAGAGUAACGUUUCAAUAACGCAAGACACACGGAUAAAACUUCUACAAAUUACAUGUUGUCGUGUAUGCAGUUUCUUGAAGUCGAGUAGCGACGAAUACGACCGUAAACAUUCGUAAAAUUCGCUCAUUCAUCGAUUCCCAUUUUAAUUGUAUAACGUUAACACGCCGUUUCAUUGUAAUCCGUUGGGGCGGCCACCACAUUCGGCCGCCGUCAUUUGUAACAAUAUACGAUUAUAUUGGUUAAUAAAAGUUAUCUAGAUGUAA